AUCAUAUACCUGGGGGUAGCUUACUCGCAAGGCGACGUGAACCGCAUCAUCAGAGGCACGGACAAAUAUGGCAACGUUUGCGGCGUUAAAAACAACAUGUACUUCAACAACUCCAAAUCUGGACAAGACAAAACGGCCCUACCGUACUUUGAUCCCAUCUCGAAGGAAUGCAUUCAGACUUGCGGCGAUGGGACUUCCUUGGUCGGGUAUUACUGCUUCCCUGCGCUGGUGACUUCCCAGAACUCGCCCUUCGCUCAGGGCACCGCAUUUUUCGAAGAUGUUGGACGCGAUAUCCAAAAAUCCUGGCCGUGGAUUCUCUCUAUCGUUGCUGUUGGAUUUGGUCUCUCCAUCGUGGUGAUAAUCAUGCUGAGGUUCCUGGCGGGUGUGGUGGUAUGGAUCACGGUCUUCGUUAUGGUGGUAGCGUCGGUAGGAGGAACCAUUUACCUCUGGUUGUUGUGGCACAUCAAGAACACGGACGUAGUUCAGGAUGGUUCUGCAACUAAGUUCCUGAUAGCGGCCAUAUUUGCAACCAUUGGCACGACGGUGCUGGUGAUGUCCCUGGUGCUGCUGGUGACAGCGGGAGGACUGAUCAUCAUUUCGGCAGCUGGCGAGCCUAUGCAGAAUAACGACGAGAUUUACUUCAAACCGAUCCCACUCAUUGAUACGGUGCUGGCGAUGUCCCUGGUGCUGCUGGUGACAGCAGGAGGACUGAUCAUCAUUUCGGCGGCUGGCGAACCUACGCAGAAUAAGGAUGAGAUUGAGUUCAAACCAAUCCCGCUCAUUGAUUGGCUGCGCAUUUAUCACAUCUUCGGCUUCUUCUGGGUAUCGCAAUUCGUGGUAGCUUGUCAGCACAUCACAGUCGCGGGCGCUGUAUCAGCCUGGUAUUUCAAAAGGGACAAGAAGCAACUUAUAUGCUCAAGACGGUAUAUGCUCAAGCAACUGCAGAAGCGCGUGUCACCAGACAGCGGUCUGGGCUGCCUGCUCAAGUGCUGCCAGUGCUGUCUCGCGUGCUUCGAACAGUUCCUCAAGUAUAUCACCCGUAACGCCUUCAUCGAGAUAGCCAUCUUCGGGCACGGGUUCUGUAAGGCGGCGCAGAAAGCCUUCAACAUCAUAACGUCGAACGCUUUCCGCGUGACGGCCAUCAACAUGGUCGGCGACUUCGUCCUGUUUCUCUCAAAGGCUGCAGUGGUCAUCUCCAGUGGCUUCAUCGGAUACGAAAUAAUCAGGGUCCAGCAAGGCAUCAAGUACGAGUUUGUGCCGCUGGUCGUGGGGUUGGUGUGCGUGGCUCUGACCAUCCAUUGCUUCGUCUCUAUAUACGAGGUGCGUCCAACCCUAGCGCNGCAACUCGACUACGUGGAGAAUGCCAAAAGAAACGGCGAUCCUUACGGGAGUGCAGCGGUCAAAAGUGUCGGAGCUUACCAGGCCUCGGCACAGGUGGGUGCCAGCAGGCUGCCCUCGGAGAUGCCCACGCCCAUGCAUCGCCCCUCGGGCAUCGGGAUGUCCCCUCUACACCCCGCUUAUGCCCCUCACUCCAUCCCUCCCUCUCCCUCACGCAUGUUCCCUAAUGUGUCUUAAAUCU